UGCUCUUUCCCUCGUUGCUUCGCGCGAUUUGACGAGUGCAGGACCUCGAUUACCCCCAGCAUUGUGUCGUUGCAGUGUAUUUUUCGUGCAGGUCACUCCACCUCGAAACACGGUUUCUUUGUUUCAUGUCUGCCGCAGCUGCCAAGCCUGAGAACGCAAGCAAGUCAGUAGAAGCCGCAAAGCUGCUGGCCGAUCUGCCCCGGCUGUCGAAAGAGGUUGUGCAGUCCGUGCUGGGUGGAAUGCAGUACGAGCCAUCCAAGGCCGACCAGUGGUCUGCCGACAUUGUUGAGCGAAUGCUCACCAAACUUAACGCGCUUGUGGGCCCUCACCUGCCGUACAAGUUUUCCGUAACUGCCAUUUUGAUUCAGAAGCGAAACGCUGGAUCGCACAUUUCUAGUGGAUGCUUGUACGACAAGGAGACGGACGAAAACCAAACAAUGCGAUGGGAGAACGAGUCAAUGUGGUGCUUUACCGUGGUCAGCAGCUUGAUGUAUGGAAGCGCAUGAUCCACUUGCGCCGCGCAAGCGUGGAAAGAAAACCAAGCGCUCUGAUUUUUCUUUUGCUUUCGUUUGUUUUUUUGUUUUUUUUUAAAUCGCUGAUCGCGAGUAAUCUUGUGUCGCUGCUGAUUUAGUGUCUUGUCAAUUGAAUAGAAGCAUUCCUCCAGAA